AUGGCAACCGUUGAUGGUCUACCAUUGAACGCCAAGGUCCUCCCGACGGGCACUACCGCCCAGGACAGCCUGCCCGCGAACCAGAAGCCCAAGAAAGCUAAAGAUAAGACAGGCGCACCUCCAUCUCGCUUCUCAUUGCAUGCCACGGCCAAGUGGUGGCGGUCGCUACAAUGCAUCGGCAUGGGGUUGCACUUCAUGGCAUCUCCGCGACCGCCCAGUCCAGCCUUCAACAGAACGAUACCCUCCACACUCGCUCUCAAGCCGGGCGAGUUCGUCCUACACUUCUACCUCCCCGCCGGCUACACCAGGGACAAAAAGAGCGAUAAGUGGCCAGUCGUCGUGAACUACCAUGGCGGCGGCUUCACUCUCGGCAAAGCACAAGACGACGCACGUUUCGCGCGUUUCGUCGUUGAGAAGUCCAUCGUCUUCGUUUCCGUCGACUAUCGCCUAGCUCCCGAGUCCCCUUUUCCGACCGCGGUCGACGACGGCGCCGACGCGCUCCUGUACAUCAUAAACAACGCCGCCGAGUUGCGGAUCGACCCAAUGCGCAUCGCGACGUCGGGCUUCUCGGCUGGCGGCAAUAUUGCGCUCACUGCGCCAAUGCGCUUGCACUUACACUCGAAGGGCGCGGGGCUACCAGAACAUCGCAUCGUAGCUGUUGCGACAUGGUACCCGAUAACCGACUACACCCUCAGUAGGGUAGAGCGGCGGGACCGCUCGGUUCGCCCGGAACACACCCUUCCACCUACGUUGACGAAUCUCUUCGACCAAUCGUACCUGUUCCCGCCCGAACUCGACCUCGCCGAUCCAUGCCUGUCCCCUAGCAAGGCGCCCGACGAGCUGCUCAAAGAAGCCAUGCCACCCAACAUCUUGUUCUUCACUUGCGAGUGGGACAUGCUGCUGCAGGAAGGCGAAGAACUCGCUAGACGUCUGGACCAGCCACCAAUAUCCAAGAACGUUUUCUAUACCAUGAUCCACGAGGUGGCGCAUGGCUGGGAUAAGGGGCCGAAUCCUAUGAGGCCGCCUCAGCAGUCGGAGAAGCUAUAUUUGGAAUGCUGUAAGCGACUGAGAAAGAUAUUUGAUGGAGAAGACCCGCGCUGGAUAUUCGGAAAGCCUCGGAGAGUGCCCACACACCGCUCAACGAGGAAUCACGACAAGAAGGGUGAGCAGUCGGCCGAUUCGGCGUAG